AUGGGAACCACUUUGCGAACAGAAUGCGAUCGAUUGCGAGGAAAAAACAAGCGCUCAUCAAUAUCUUCAGUCGAAAGCUUGGAGUGCCGGCCUUCUGUCGUAAACUCGGAACCUCGGCCUUCUGUCGUAAACUCGGAACCUCGGCCUUCUGUCGUAAACUCGGAACCACGGCCUUCAAUCGUAACCUCGGAGCCUCGGCCUUCUAUCGUAACCUCGGAACCUCGGCCUUCUGUCGUAACCUUGGAACCUCGGCCUUCUGUCGUAAACUCGGAACCUCGGCCUUCUGUCGUAAACUCGGAACCUCGGCCUUCUGUCGUAACCUCGGAACGUCGGCCUUCUGUCGUAAACUCGGAACCUCGGCCUUCUAUCGUAAACUCGGGGCCUCGGCCUUCAGUCGUAACCUCGGAGCCUCGGCCUUCUAUCGUAACCUCGGAACCUCGGCCUUCUGUCGUAAACUCGGAACCUCGGCCUUCAGUCGUAACCUCGGAGCCUCGGCCUUCUAUCGUAACCUCGGAAUACCGGCCUUCAGUCGUAACCUCGGAGCCUCGGCCUUCUAUCGUAACCUCGGAGCCUCGGCCUUCUGUCGUAACCUCGGAGCCUCGGCCUUCUGUCGUAACCUUGGAACCUCGGCCUUCAGUCGUAAACUCGGAACCUCGGCCUUCAGUCGUAAACUCGGAACCUCGGCCUUCUGUCGUAAACUUGGAACCUCGGCCUUCUGUCGUAAACUCGGAGCCUCGGCCUUCAGUCGUAAACUCGGAGCCUCGGCCUUCUGUCGUAAACUCGGAGCCUCGGCCUUCAGUCGUAACCUCGGAGCCUCGGCCUUCUGUCGUAACCUCGGAACCUCGGCCUUCUGUCGUAAACUCGGAACCUCGGCCUUCAGUCGUAACCUCAGAACCUCGGCCUUCAGUCGUAACCUCGGAGCCUCGGCCUUCUAUCGUAACCUCGGAAUACCGGCCUUCAGUCGUAACCUCGGAGCCUCGGCCUUCUAUCGUAACCUCGGAGCCUCGGCCUUCUGUCGUAACCUCGGAACCUCGGCCUUCUGUCGUAACCUCGGAAUACCGGCCUUCAGUCGGCUUUUGAGUUCCUUCCUGCCAGCCUGGAAUAUCAAGCCCAAGUCGCGAAGGGUACUGCGGUCUAGCCCCCCACUCUACCUCUCCACUGGGCUCAUCCCCUCCCCCGAGGGUAUCUUGGUCAACGUGCCUCGUGGGAUGUUGUGAUCCGUUCCCCCACUCUACGCCUACACGGGGCUCGCCCCCUCCUCCGUGGGGAUUAUGGUCAACAUGCCUUGAAAAGUGUUGUAAAGCAUUUCUCCACUCCUCCCCUCCUGGGGGCUCUUGGUCCAGAUGACCCAUUUGCCAAUUGUAUAGAGCCAGUAUGGUGGCUCGUCUAUUUUGCGAGUCUUUCUCUUCGCCUCGUCCUUCCUCGUCGUUUGACUUAAAGAAUCGCUUCUCGUCUUAUACAGCAUUUGGAAACGGUGAGUCUUGACAGAAAGACGUCUGACUAGCACCCGAGUCUGCUCGAAGAUGAAAGCUGUUAUUCCACUCGGUGUUUUCGCCUGCCUGUCCCUCGUUACAACCAUCACUCUCCUCGCCAUUCUCAGCCCUCCGGUCUGGCGCCUCGCAGUGGAGCGGUUCGAGCCGCGAUGCACCGCUUAUUACGCGGCGAUGUCGCGACAAGUCCUGACGCCUCCGAGUACUGGCACGCGCGGCUAAGCAAGCGUUUGCUUCUCGCUCAAGCAUCUUGAUUCGGUUCGAAAUAUUCUCUACAUCGGUAUCGCAGUUUUGAAAUUUCUCCAUUGAUGCACCGAUCGGCGGCAUUACAUUGUACAGAUAGCACGAACGGAGAUACAUCUCUCGUGGACUUAGCAGAUCGAGUAAAUAGGCAGGUUAACUCUGAGCGUAAAACACCGGAAUGACACAGCAGUAAAAUUCUAGAGAAUCGUACUGGAGGCAAAAAAAAACACCACCUAUUCACUAUUUGACGUCAAGAAAUCUUAUGAGCGCACCGUCUUGAUAUGCAAAACGAGGCGGAAUACGGUGUACUCGAUUACACAAGAAAUGCGACAAAAAAUACAGUUAAACUAUUUAUUUUCUAUAGGAUAUAUCACAUAUUUACUUUUAGAAAUAACAUAAAUAUAUAUCGACGUUAUUUGGUAAGCGUCUCUUGUUUCUGUGAUAGUAGGUUAACUUUUGCUUUUAUUUGUCCUACCAUGAGUACUAGAACAACGAUUUGAACAAAACAUCACGAAACUCUAGCACAAAAAACUCACGCACACGCGAGUUCCAAACCCCUUGCUACUAUUAAUGAAACUACUGGUUUUAGACCAGCCUGGUGUACAGUAAUUAGUACUUAAAAACAACAUUAUAAGUACUUAAAACAACAAUUUAUAAAAGAACAACUCUGGACGCCUUUGUCGUAAGGCAAGUAUUUCAUGCAAUUUCUGAAGAAAAAAUUGGCAGAUCCUAGAAAGUGUUAGGCCAGCCAGGAAUAAGGCGCCGUGUGAGCCAUCUACGAAGCAACCAAUCAGAGAAGCGACCACACGUGAACAAAAAAGGGACAACCAAUCAGAGUAUGCACGACAUGUGAACCAAAGAGGGGACAACCAAUCAGAGAAGUGGCAGCAUGUGAGACGGCGCGCUUGGUAGCCAAUCGGCUUUGCGAUGUGGAGUAAAUUGAGGUUUUGACACGCGUUGUGCACUAGUUCAGAAUGGUGGCCCGGGGGGAAACAGCACAUCCAGUUGGUCGAGUAGUC